GUGACUUGCGGGUGCAUGUGUCUAGACUAGGAGCCCAUGGAGGGCCAGACCUGGGUCCUCGUCACAUCUGCAUCCCAUCUACUUCCAGAACAAUCAGGUGCCUUUACCCUGCCCCGGUGGGGGAGUGCCUGGGCCCAGCGAGGUUAAUCAGUCUGCACAAGGUCGGGUCUGCUGACCCCACUAAUCAGCCUGGGCCUCCUAAUCCAUCGCCGGCAGAAGACUCGGGACAGACAUAGCAGUGGCUUGUGAGAGCAGGCUGGGCCAUUUUGGCCUUCUUCUGCAGACCCGGCCUGGGGGGGGAUGGGGCAGCUGAGACAUGUGCACCACCUUCUUCCUGCUCAGCACCUUGGCCAUGCUCUGGCGCCGCCGAUUCGCCAACCGGGUCCAACCAGAGCCCAGCGGACUCGAUAGGACAGUUAUAGGCAGCAGCUUGGACACAGAGCUCCAGUCUUCAGGCAGGAAGAAAGAGCCUCUGAAGUAAGGCUUCAUCUCUGCAGGCGGAGCCCAGCACGUACUGGGAGUCUGCAAGACACUCACCCUGUGGUAGGUGCUGGGAGUCAGCCAGGCCAUGAAGGGGACCGAGCCCGAGCGGCCAGUGAGGACGACGGAAGGAUCCUGGCGGAGAAAGCCCGGCUGUGCCCGCUCAGCCACUGCCUGGUCACACGACCUUUCCUGCUCCAGACCCAUCUCCCCAUUUACCAGGCGUGUGUUGAACCCAAGGGGGCUGGUGCUGAGGGUUUAAAGGACUGGUGACUACCCUCAGAAACAGAACCAUAUGGUGAAACGAAGGACGGACCACUUGACCUCUGGGGCCCUCCAGGCUCCCCCAGUCACAAGCGGCUAUAACGGGCUGUGUUUGGAGAUGCUGACUCGCCAAGUCGGCAAACAUUUACGGAGCGCCUGUGUGCCAGGCACCGUGGAUGCAGAAAUGAAGUAAGGCUUCCUGCCACAGACAAUCAGGAAAUUGGGCCAAGUAGAAGAAACAGACGCUUGACAACAGGCAGCACGCAGGCCGGUGACCCCAGGACUGUCUCCGCAUCUGCCUCUGAGGGCUCCCUGCCUGUGGCUGGGGGAGGGGCAGCCUUGUUCAGUGAGGAGACAAGAUCAGAGCUCAGGACGGCCUGGUGUUCCCCAGGAGAUGCACGCAGAUCAGUGGGUUCCCCAAACAGACACGACGAAGGUGACCCAACAGAGAAAGGAAAGUCCUUUUGAGAGAAUACAAAAAGCACUAACCGUAAGAGAAAAAUGGAUACAUUGGACUUGAUCAGAAUUCUUGGCAAGACACUGUUUGCCAAGCAAAAAUCUGAGAAAGGACCUGUAUCCAGAAUAUAUAAAGAAGUUUUAGAAGUCAAUAAGAAGCACUAUGAAAUCGGGGGAAGGUUUUAAUAGACACUUCAUCACAAGAAAGUAUACAUACAUGGGGUUCCUGGGGGGCUCAGUCGGUUAAGCGUCCAACUUCGGCUCAGAUCAUCUCACGGUUCAUGGGUUCA